AUGGUUAAAGACAUGAGGAGUAGAAUGAGUUUUUUUGUUGCUGGAUUAGGCCAUCUAUCAAGCAAAGAGGGUCGGGCAACAAUGCUUAUUGGGGACAUGGACAUUUCGUGGUUCAUGAUCUAUGUGCAGCAGAAACAGAAGGCUCUUGCUCCAUCAUCUACUAGUGAACCUGCAACCAAGAACAACUGUGAGCACUAUAGGCAAAGUUCCAGCGUUAAACCUUCCUAUUCACAGGGUAGUGUUGUGCAAGUAGGUAGUAAGCCUCCUGCCUACACCAAGUGUGGCAGAAACCACUCUGGUGUUUGUCAUGACAGCUUCGCGGGUUUUUCAAGUGUGGGAAAUGAUAGUAGGGUCAAUAGAGCCCAAUAUUCUUCAAUUGCUCCACCAGACAAGGAUGCGCCUAGAGGAGCUACUUCUGGAGCUGGAAGAGGAACAAACCACUUGUAUGCUCUCAACAAUCGCCAAGAUCAUGAGAAUUUUCCAGACGUUAUCACUGGUAUGAUUCAAGUCUUGGACUUUACUGUUUAUGCAUUCUAG